AAAGUUUCAGGGGCGUCUUUUUCAUUGUGCCCUAGGACAGCUGCCCCGUGAAGCCUUUUACGUAACACGUCACUGGUCAAGAAAAAAAAAUUCUAGAAACCAAAAAGUUAUGGUAAAACUGGCUACACUGUACAAUCAUGAGUGAAGAUGAUACGUGGCGUACGCCCAAUUUUCGUCAAAAUGUUGUCAAUAAAAUUGAUGAAGCUAUCUCUCAAUCUGGGUUACCAACUACCAAAAAUAGUUUGGAAAUGGAAAAUCAUGUGUUCAUGAAAGCUAAAAGUAAAGAUGAAUACUUAAGUUAUGUUGCUCGCUUGCUACUACAUGUUGGUGGAAGAGAUAUGAGAGGUGGAAAUCAAAUGAUGAAUAUGAACCAAAAUCCUGGAGCAGUUAAUGCUACAACACUUUUGCAGACAUUAAGUAAUCGACCUCAAACUCAAAACAAAUUACCAGGUCAAAUGCCAAUGGGAACUGGCCAAAUGAAUCAAGCUCCACCAGGUACAUUAAGACCUAAUGUACCUAUGGGCCAAGGACCAAUGAUUCAAAAUUCUGGGCCAGGUCCUAUGAAUAACCAAAUGGGGCAAGUUUCUUCAAUGCCAAUGACAUCUGUAAUGGGUGGCCCUCCUAUGCAAGGAAUGCCUGUUCAAAUGUCGGGGCAAAUGCCAGGAAUACCUAAUAAUAUGCAAACCGGUCCAAUAGGACGAAUGCAACAAAGAAAAAUGCCAAAUACUCCAGAUAAUGUAAUGAUGGUACCGAACCAACCUAAUGUUGGAGGAUUUUCUGGUGGCCCACCCAGAUCUGUUGGAACAAAUCAAUUUCUUAAUCAUAGUCCAUCAUCUCCCCAACAGUCACCUGUCAAUGUGCUACCUGGAAAUCAAAUGAUUGCAUCUCCUAGUGGACCACAAUUAACCCCUAGUGGUAAUAUUGGAGGACCUAUUAGAUCUAUUGGUCCAGUGCCUUCUCCAGGCAGUUCAGUUCCAACAUUGAAUACUCCAAUAAAUCCUUCAUCAAAUGCUGGGCCUAGUCCCUUGGCACAAGAAGAUAUUGCUUAUAGAGAAAAAGUUAGACAGCUUAGUAAAUAUAUUGAACCAUUAAGAAAAAUGAUAGCAAGGAUUGGGAAUGAAGAUGUUGAAAAGUUAGCUAAAAUGAAAAAGCUUUUAGAAAUUCUAUCAUCACCUAACCAGAGAAUGCCUUUAGAGACAUUGCUAAAAUGUGAAAUUGCUUUAGAAAGGUUAGAUUUGAGCAGGGGUGAAGGAGGUAGUGUUCCUCCACCUCCUACAAGUACAAUGAGGGAAGUACAUCCUCUUAUAGAAGUUAUUAGUUCAAUGAUACAAUCUCCUAAUUUUAACCAUACUUUACAUCGAACUUUUGCUCCUUGUAUUGAAUUUAUGGUGGGUCCAAGAAGACCAAUUUCACCACCUCCAUUUACUGGUAAUGAUAAUUCCAAUGAAGUUCAAAGUAUUAUACCAAAAGCAUUAGAAGGAGAAAUAGCUCGACUUGAUCAGCGCUUUAAAGUAUCUUUAGAUCCUGUGCGUCCUAGUGGAGCUUCAUGCAUUCGAUUAUUAUGUCAAUUAGAUGAUAAAAAUUUGCCAUGUGUUCCUCCUAUCAAUGUAAUUGUAUAUGAAAAUUAUCCUCCGGCCAAUCCUGCAUGUGUAAUUUCAUCUAAUGAUUAUGGAGGUACAUCAUUUCUUAUGUGUGUAAAAGAUGUCUUUGAAUCCAGAAUGAUGUUAAUGCCAGUUCGCUUCACUGUAUCACACAUUCUUGACUCUUGGGAAAUGAGUGUGAGACAAGCAGUAGCAGCAUUACUUGACAAUAAAGAUAUUGUUACAGACUGAUGUUUUAAAGUUAACUGCUAAUAUAUACUAUUUGAAUGUCAUAAAAUGAUUGUUAUUGUUUUAUUAAUUUUUAUUGUUAUUUUUUGAUAAUGAUAUGUGUAACUUAUUUUCAAUAAUCUACUUAAAAUAGAAAAUGGUCUAUUUGAAAAUUUAUAUUUAUAAAUCAUUGUACUUAUUUUGAAGCUUAAAAUACUUUAUAUAUAGUUUAUUUUAUUAUUUUUUGAUCUGCACAUAUUAGUUUAAGCAAUUAGAAUAAAUUAUUCAUAAUUAGA